GUUUCGUUAACCACUACGUCGAAUUUCUGUUAUAUAUAUUGCGCGAUCCCGUUCAGAUAUCAAGUAUCAUUUUGACACUGGUGCUCAACCUGUAUCGUCUCUGGAUUCCAACUCUAACUGUCUGCCGACACCUGGCGAACUUGAGCAAUUUAAAGAUACGUUGUCGCGGGAAUCUUUGAUCACCUUGCAUAGCGCCAUCACACAGCGACCGUUGCCCGAAGUCGAGACCGCUGAUCCUCCUGGGCUGUCGAAGCCGCUGCUAAUUCACCAGAAGCAAGCAUUGACCUGGGUGUCGUGGCGGGAAAGUCAAAAGCCGUCCGGUGGAAUAUUGGGCACGUUUAUAAUUUUAUUGUUAACGGACGACAUGGGUCUAGGCAAGACGGUGACCAUGAUCGCUCUAAUUCUGCAUCAGAGGUCCAAGAAAGAAAUUUACCCAAUUUUUCAGAAAGCUGGUCUACGUGUGCGCGGUAACAAACGCAUUUCUAUGGUUGUGCAACGAAUGGCGUCAUUACUGCGUGAUUUUCAGGCAACGAACACACGAUUGAUUCAGAGGCAACGCUCAUCGUUUGUCCGGCGUCGAUUCUCCAUCAGUGGUCGAGCGAAAUUGCUAGGUUCACUGGGUCCAACUUCCUCAAGACAUGCUUGUACCACGGAAGUAACCGCUCCCAAAAGCGCCAUCGUUCGUCGAUUCUCUUUCUUUAGUUUGGCCACGUUCGACGUUGUAAUCACAACUUACGGUACAGUCAGUAGCGAAAUUAGCGGGGACGUAGAGGAUAAAGACGAUGACUUGGACGAUUAUGAAACGGUACAUGACUAUGGCCGUAAGCGAGACUCCGUUUUGACGUCGAUUAGAUGGCGACGUUUGAUUUUGGAUGAAGCACACAACAUCAGAAACUACAAAACCAAUGCGUCGAAAUGCUGUUGCCGAAUUCUCGCCCGUAGUCGCUGGGCGCUUACAGGUACCCCAAUUCACAAUGACCUUAAGGAUCUUUUUUCCCUAAUUAGAUUUCUUCAGUACGAACCAUUUAACCGGCUCGGUGUAUGGAAGUGCAUGGUCGAAAGCAAAUCCAAGCAGGCUGAGCAACGCCUGGUGACUCUCGUUGACAGCUUAAUUCUCCGUCGUACGAAGACAGACGUCUCAAAAGUGACCGGAAAGCCAUUGAUCGAUUUGCCAUCCAAGAACACGGACGUAAUCCAUUUGGCCUUUUCGGCGGACGAACAAGCGGUCUACGAUCACCUGUUUGCCGCUUCCAGGCUGUACGUCGAACAGUAUGUAAUACGGAGAAAUCAGCACACUCUAAUGACAUCGUCCGGUACGAUUGUUGGAGAGGAACCGCAACUGACUUCAAGUGGCAAUCUUCGUAACCCCUUUUUCCGCUGUUGGAAUGACGAUCCAAAGGUGACGAAAAGCGUCAAUGUAUUGGUGAUCUUAUUGCGUUUACGUCAAGCGUGUGUUCACUUCGCAUUAACCAAGCAAUUCGAUUUCUUGUCGUAUACUCAAGCUCGCUGCACGCUCACAAUUCAGGAUAUCGAUAUCAACGCGUUGAAGCAAGACGCGCCUGGGGAAAAUCUAGACGACGAAUUCAGGGACCUGUUGAAGGUUGACGACGAGGCAUUGACCACACGUCCCUCUUUUGAACGUUUAUUUGAGCAAUCGUACGUGAGUACCAAGCUCCAGGCACUUAUGCUUCGCGUUCAUUCAAUCCUUGAUAUUCAUUCUGACCCUCGGCAAAAAAUCGUCAUUGUUAGCCAGUGGGUCAAACUGCUGGAUAUUAUCGCGUGUCAUCUGAAACAUGAGGGAGUUACUUAUACUUCCAUCACCGGCGGAGUGACUCCCGAAGCUCGCCUUGAAAGGGUGAACAGAUUCAACGAAGUUGGACGCGAACCGCUGGUUAUGCUCUUAUCUUUGGGCGCAGGAGGCGUUGGUCUGAACUUGGUUGGCGGAAAUCAUCUUUUUAUAUUAGAUUUACAUUGGAACCCUGCUCUGGAAUCACAGGCUUGUGAUAGGAUUUAUCGAGUGGGUCAAAGCAGAGAUGUUUUUAUUCACAAGUUCGUCUGUGAAAACACUAUCGAGACGAAAGUUUUAGAAUUGCAGAAGCAGAAGCUUCACUUAGCGGAGAGCGUUUUGAGUGGGUAAGU